UACGAUAAACAAUGGAGCAUUCUGACGAUCACAAAACGUGUUGCGAACUGACUGCCUCACGGUACAAUGUUUGUCAGACCGUAGACGAAAUCGGUUUCGAACGCGGGAUUUGGACAGCAGCGCUGGAAGGUGACGUGGAUCGCGUCAACAAGCUACUGCGGAAGGGCGUCUUCGUCGACCAGCCGGACUCCGCCGGCUACACGGCGUUGCAUUACGCAACGCGCGGCGGGCAUAUCCGCGUGUGCGAGAUUCUGCUGGAGCACGGCGCGCAGGUGAACGCGUGCACCCGCGGCAUGCGAGCGACGCCUCUGCACCGCGCGGCCGGCACGGGCCACGCCGAAGUCGUCGAGCUGCUGCUGCGCCACGGCGCGGCGCCCGAUCUGACGGACGCGGACGGUCGGACGGCCCUGCACCGGGCGAUCCCAAUGAUAGGCGGCUCCGCUGAGGGCGUUGAGAUCGUCAAGAGGCUGCUGCCGAUCACCGAUCGCACCGUCAAAGACAAUCACGGUCAGACUGUGGACGACGUGUUCGAACGUUGGAAAACGACGGAGAGCGACGUCGAGAGAAUAAAGACAGUGGAGAGAUUGUUUCGCGCGUAA